AUGAACUUCCCUUCGCCAAUGACGCCGGGCUCUACCCCCCAGUAUGAUCGCGAAUAUCGCGACUAUUCUGCUACUCCUUCGCCACGACGAGACUGGACCUUCGACACCCCGACGACUCCCAUCCGCCCUGCCACGCGUGCCGCUCAUGGACGGGCUGCCAGCUACUCCCAGCGCUCCCCCUUCCCUCCCCAACCCCAGCCGCGGCCGCAACCGGCCGUGUACAGUCCUCAUCAGUGGGAUUCGCCGCGCUUUACCAGCGAUGGAGUCUACGCCGCCAGGGUUGACGUUGAUGUGAGUCCCAAAUAUUUCUCGUCGUCGCGCCGCCAAUCGGCUUCGUUCCAAGCCCCUCCAUGGGCUGAUCGCAGGCACUCGUAUUUCAAUGUCCGGGCUUCCACUCCCUAUGGAGAAUCCGACGAGGACGAGAUUCUUGAAACCAAGGCCGGUACCUACGUCUUGCCAGCUCAGUCGCGCUGCUGCACCGGCCAGCGUCCCGACAAUCACCACUAUGGAUAUCAUGACGGAGGGCGGUACACUAACGCACAUGGUUAUCAGCAGACCCAGACUCCUCCCUACUACUACCCCAAUGGCUACGAUUACCCUGCCUAUAGUGGUGCUGCUACGCCUGGUCCUGAGCGCUUCACUCCUCGCGAGUCGCCUCAGAACCCGCGUUUCCAGUCUCGCCCCCCAACCAGUUUCAAUCACUCGCGCCAUUCCUCCAUGGCCACUCCCAAGCGCCCCUCCACUGCCCGCCCCCAAAGCUCCCACAAGUCCAAGGCCAAGCCUGAAGAGCCUGUUGGUCCUCGCAAGGCAACUGAGGCUGAUGCAAAGGUUCACAGAAUCCCUGCCGGCUAUGCGCUCAAAAACUGGGACCCGGAUGAGAGGCCCAUUCUCCUGCUCGGCAGUGUUUUUGACUUCAACAGCCUAGGCAAGUGGAUUUUUGAUUGGACUGUGUGGCGUGAAGGCCGUGGCUCUCCCAUUGCCGACAUUGCUGGCGAACUUUGGCUUCUUCUGAUCCAGCUCAACUCCAAGAUCAAGGCCGCCGAGAAUGUCAUUGGCAGCGUUCGCAAACCCGAAAGCCGUGAGAUGCUUGAAGAUUUCCUUGAGUCGGGCGAGCGUCUGUUGGAGAAGCUUCGGUUCCUUCUCAAGGCCUGCGAGGCUCCCAUGCUCAAGGCUGCCAAGAAGCGCCAGUCUGGUCUGGGCAAAAGCUCCGGGGUCGAGUUUGUCCACACGCUCUUUGGCCCCGACCGUGAAGGCGAAAAGACGGACAAGUUCAUGCAGAGCAUUCGCCUUUUCAUCCUUCGCUUUGAUGCCAAUUGUGAUGACAUUGUCCGGAAUCCCACCCGAUAA